AUGGCGGAACAAGACCACCAAGACUAUCGCGAUAGCGAUAUAAGCAGCGAUUCCGACGAUGACUGCGUCACCAUUGCCAUCAGCUACCGCCAAAACACCCACCAGCUGCAGUUCCACACCGAAGCCACUGUAGCCGCCCUCUUCACAGAAAUAGAAGAGACAUGGGAUAUUCCCGUUUCAAAUCAAAAGAUCCUAGUGCCAAAGGGCGCUAUGCUCAAAUGGCCAGUCAAAGAACCGGAUGCUUUGCUUCUUAACCUCGCUGGCAAGACUCUGAAGCUUAUGGGCUCACCGUCAUCCGAAGUGACGGCGGUGCAGAACAUGUGCGAGAGAGUGGCAAAGCGCGAGGCUGCUCGUCGCGAAGAACGUGCCAAGAACAAGGCUAGACAUAGAGCCAAGCCGAACAAGGCCGCUUCCGCGAGUAGCCAGUACAGCUUUGGCCAAGUGAAGCCUCUACAGGGUUUGCCUCGCCCGGAGCGUAGCAUGGCCCUGCUGCUACGCCUCAAAGAAGACCCCGGAAUCAAGGCUACGAUGAAGAAGCACAAGUUUACAGUUGCUCUCCUGACGGAAAUGGAGCCUCUAUCCAACACACAGUCCAACCACGAGGGCACCUCACGUAUCCUUGGCUUGAACCGCAACAAGGGCGAAGUGAUUGAGCUGCGCCUACGCACCGACGCCUACGACGGAUACCGAGACUACAAGACCAUUCGCAAGACACUCUGCCACGAGCUGGCCCAUAACGUCCACUCGGAUCAUGAUCGCCACUUCUGGGACCUGUGUCAUCAAAUCGAGCGUGAAGUCGACGCAGCUGACUGGAAAUCCGGUGGUAACACCGUCAGUGGCGAGUCCUCGAGAUAUGUUCUCAACGGACAGGAAGCAUAUGAUGACGACCACGGCGAAGAUGACGGUGGCUGGACCGGCGGAGAAUUCGUUCUCGGCGGCCGCGGCAAGGCUUCUAUAGGAGGAAUGAGCCGCAGAGAUAUCCUAGCGAGAGCGGCUGUUGAACGCCAGCGGAAAGAAGACUGCGCUGAGGCCAAGGCAGUCGAGGCGGCGGCCAAGGGCUGGAGACCUUGUCAGAGACAACAGCCCAGCGACGACGGCAAAGAGUAA